GCGACCGGUUCUUCCGGGAAGGGUCGCCGUUUUCCCUUUCCUCGCUUCGCUCUCUGUCAUCGGGAAACGCUCCGUCGCAGCCUGACGAAGACCGCUCUCGUUCGCGGCCGGGUUUAGGCGGGAACUCCGUAGGGUGGAGGCCUGAGAAGCGGCCGCUGUCAGAGGAAGCAGGGCGCUCGGCUUUUCCCGGCUGUUUCCGGAUCGGUUCGCCUCUCCCCGCUUUGACUUCGUGGGCUUCUUUGUCUCGCUUUCCGAUGUCGGGCGAACCGGCCGCUCCCGAGGAUACCCGGUUCAAAGCCUCCGCGCUCGGAGGCCGGGAAAGCGGAGGCAGCGGGGACCGUUGCUGCCUUAGCGGGGCCGAAGAUCAAGAGAAGCGUGUGGCGGCGGCGGCGGCCUCGCCGCUCCCGCCUCCCCCAGAAAAUGAAGAUUCAACUAAAAAAUCAGUCCAAGAAGCUAUUGUUUCAGAAAAGGAUAUAUUACCAUGCAGGCUGCAGAAUGGAUCACCUGUAAAUUCAGAUACUACAAAGGAUCCUGCAGGUGCUAACGGGAGUCCAGAGGAGCAAGAUGUAGUUGGAGAGGAGGAGGUUCUAACUGAGCAACUUCAGCACCAAAAGGAGGAAGCUAUACUGCAGGUGACAAAAUUCUCUGCACCACAAGGACCAGGUGAUAUAAUCAUGAUACAGUCUGAAUAUACAGGUGCAGUAGACAUCCUGUCUGCAGAGCUAGAAACUACAGAUCUUCUAAGUGAACAGAAGAAAGCUCGGCCACCUCCAUUGUUUCCCCCCACUAUCUGGACAAAUUCUAAGAUAAGGGAGUUUAAAACAAAGAUGGCAAAGGAGAAGAAUGCCCGAAUGCUAGUGAAACGGGGUGAAGUAUUAACAGUCCGGGUGCCCACCCAUCCUGAUGGGAAGCGCGUCUGCUGGGAAUUUGCUACAGAAGAUUAUGACAUUGGGUUUGGAGUUUAUUUUGAUUGGACUCCUAUUACUAGUACUGCCAUUACUGUUCAGGUCAGUGAAUCAAGUGAUGAAGAAGAUGAAGAAGAAGAAUUUGAAGGUCCUAUUCCUGUUGGCGAUGUGGAAAAAGGAGCCAAAAGCUAUUUGCGUAACCGUUAUGGGGAGAUCAUGCCAGUCUACCGAAGGGACAGCCACCAAGAAGUGCAAAUAGGCAGCCAUGAUUAUCCAGGGGAGGGCAUCUACUUGCUCAAAUUUGACAAUUCUUAUUCUCUCCUACGCAACAAGAUUCUUUUUUUUCAUGUUUAUUAUACCACCUAAAAAAGUAAAUAGUUUUGUUGCCAAGACUAAUAUGUAUAUCUUGUGAUGGCCAAAUUUUCUUUAUAUAGCCUUCCUAUUUGUCCCAUUGUCCAAAAUGGAGGAAACAAUCAUUAGCAGUUCCACUUCAUUGUAUGCAGACACAAAGCAAAAAAACAAAAAUUAAUAACAGAAAGCAAGUUACCUAAAGCAAGCAUAAGAUGUCUGUUUUUCUUUUGAUUGCACUUACAUGAACUGAAGUUAAAACAUGCCUUUUCUUUGAAAUUAUAUAUAUUAUCUCCUCCUACUCUUCUGGCUACAAAUAGUGACUGGAAUCAGCUGCCAAAGCAGCCUAUAGAACUCUGCCCAGAACUACAUUGUUACUGUGAUAUUGUACACUGCCAUUUGCUUUGUAGUGGAGAUCUUGUAGAAUGGUACGUGCAUUGCCUACUCAGGCCACUGGCAAGCUGACUUCUCUCAUCUGCCUCCCAUAAAUGGUCAUCUGCUCAGUUGUUUGUAUAUAUUUUAAAGCUUGGCUGGAUAGCAUCCAAACUGCAUCAUUCUCUUUCAAUAAGAGAACAACAUAUGGUAACUUUAAAAGAAAAAAGCAUACCCUCUCAGUUCUGCUUUUGAUGAAUUAUUCGGGAAGCAGACAUCAACAAAGGCUUCUCCAGUUCCAGAAUUCAUAGUUUUGGGGGCACAAUAUGCUGUUCUAUUGGCAACAUUUGGCAACAUUUAAGUAUAGUAAAAAUUGGUGAAAUUCCAAAUGUUUUUUUUCAAACAUGUUCUUGGAGCCUAAUUUAAAACCAAACCAAGCCAGGAAAUGUCUAUUUCAUUUAUCUAGAUACUAAAUGGAAGCAAUUUAUGUAUAUUUACCAUAGUGCUUCCAGAUUCCUAGGAGCAAACAUUUCCAGGAGCAAGAAGACUUUAUACAUUUUAAAUGUAUUACACAAGCACUUAAUAGUUACUAUACCAAUAGCCAGACAGACACAAAAUACCAAUGACAAAAAGCAAUCCUGAACUAUAUUACAAUGGGCAGGCACAAAUUAGUCCUUUGGUCUGUUACAAGUGUUUACUUUCAGCGAUGAUUUUGUAAUUUAUAUGGAAGAGUGGUCCACAAAAGCCCCCAUGCUCAUGUAAAAUAUUACUGAGUCUUUAAACAAUCAGAAAGUAUUUUUCUUUUACAUCAGGGGUGUCAAACUAGCUGAGUCCUGUGAUGUAUCGGGACUUUUUUCCCCUUCGCUAAACCAGGUGGUGUGGCCAGCACGUGACACAUCUGAUCUAUGGGCCAUGAGUUUGACAGCUCUGUUUUACACCUUUGUUGUUUAUUCAAACUUCAAAAUCACUGCCAAUAUUUAAUGUAGCAUAAGCAUAGUAUAGCAGAGCUACCUGUUGCAGUUACCAGUUGGCAAUCAUUAUCUUUCAUAGCUCAGGUUUUAUAGAAUGUAUAUGUACAGCUCAUGUUGUCUCUAUAGCAGAAGACAUAAAUAUACUUAAGAUUUCGGGGCGGAUUUGAGCAGGCCUUUUUAAAGCUGCUAUUUCUUGUGAUGUUUGUCCAGGAUGCUUAACUCUGCAUGAUUACUUACAACAAAUAUUUAUUGUAAGAAGUAGAUCUUGGACAAUGUUCCUAAGAGGUGUUUUUGUUGAAGUUUGGCGAUUUUCUAUUUCUGCCAUAUUUUUAGUGAGAAAUAUACAUAGAGGAAAUGAAAUCGACUCCUAUCUCAGGCUUUUUUAAAAAAUUGGGAAAUAAACUCAAUGUUUUCAGAUUUGAAAUGGGAAAUGAAUAAAUAUGUACUACUAACUUUAAAGAGGAAAUCCAAAAUGGCUACUCCUUCCCAUUUUUUAAUUAUUUAAGAUGAGAUUGGAGAAACAAUUACAGCAUUUAAAGUACAAUAACUUUAUUGUACUUUAGAACAGGAAGGACAUUUGGUGGAAGAAGGAAAACUAUAGUACAAAUGGAUUUUCUGAUUCAGAGUUGAUUUUUGAAAACAGACUUGAAGGACCCCCAUAGGAAGAGCCACUGAAUUGUUUGUUGUAAAACUUAUGAGCAACAUUUAACAUUCUCUCCCUUCCCCCGUUUGUAAAUUCAUGUUAUUGUUGAAAUCAUUUUCAAUUAAAGCUUAUCCUUUACAUGUCCCACACUGUAGAAAAAAUGAAGCUCACUGUUUGUCCUCAUUUUCAACCCAAAGAGUUUGCUUUGUUUAGAGUUCAGAAAAUGAAACAGAUUUGUUUGCUUUGGCUAAUGUUUUCUUGAAGAAAUACAAAAAAAAGAAAAGGUAUAUAUUUUAAAUAUGCAAAUUUGUGUUGACUUUAAUUACAGAGCUCUAUUUUUAACUCUUGAGUAACAUAAACAUCUUUCGCAGGAAAGCAACUGCAUUUGUUCUUAAGUCCCACAGUAUCUUCUAAAAGGUUAGUGGAUUGCUGUUGAAAUUACAGUAUCAUUUCUACCUGCAGAGGAAUGGAUUUUUAGAAAAGAGAAAAAGAUUGAAAUGUGGAGCAAGUUAAAACUCUGGUAGAUAUCAGCUGAGCAAAAGCCUUCGUGCCUUCCUUUCCAUUCUCUGUUUAAUGACAGUGACUUUCAGAUUUGUUCCUACUGAACUAAUCAGUUUAAAAUUGACUGCCCUUUAUAUGAAUACUUUGCUCAUUUGACUAAGGAAAUUAAUUUGCAAAAUAAUGAUGAAAUGCUCUUUAAACAGAAGGUUUAACGUUCCAGAUAGAGCACAUCUUAGAGUUUAUACUCUUUUGAUGAAUCAGGUAUAGUGUGUAAUAUUCCUUCUCCAUGUAUGAGUUGUAUAUACACACAUAUGCACAUGAGCUUUACUGUACCUCUUAUCCAAAGACUAACUAAUCUCAGGCCAAGUCAAAGUAUUUCUGUGGUUUGUUUCUCUACUGUGAAAAAUUAUAAAGCUGUAUGUGCUUUUUGGAUUGCAGACGUAAAAUUCUGUAACCACAUGCUAAUGAAAUAUGUGGAAAAUGCUUAGAUGAGCAGUUAUCCUUGCCUGAAAUUGAUGCUAGAAAAUUUUCAACAUUCAACAUGCAUUGUUGUAGAUGAAAAUAGAAAUAUAAUUUCACUUGAGGUAAAUUACCUAUUAUUUUAGAUUGAGAGGUUAAAGUGUAAUAGAAAUGUUAUAAUAAAAUAAUGUAUGAUUGUCCCAUAAUGUAUGGGAAAUAUCAGCCUGGCCAUGUUCAUAUGGUAGUGUAAAGAAGUAGCACAAAUAAAUAAUUGUAUAUGCAAUAUAUGACAACUUAAAAUGGAAAACAGGAUCUAGUUGAUUCCAAUACAUAAAUUAAGCAUUUUAAACUCAUUUUACUUCCACUUAAGAUACACUUUAAUCAUAUCAAUGUACUCAGCCCACGUAUUUGUUUUAAUUAGGUAUAAUUUGGUGUAUUUCCUCUUUAACUACUGACGAGCAAGCUAAACUGAGAAAUUGGAACUAAUCUUGGAUGGGAUUGGAGAUAAGAUAUUAUUGAUACUGCUUUGUUUGUCUCCUUUUAACUAAGAGAUAAUUGCCAAAAUCCUGGUUCAUGAAUAAUUCUGAUAUGAAAUGAUUGCUACAGUCCCAAGUGCACUAAAAUCCAAUUAAAAUUUGGGCCUGUUUCUAAGCAGACCUCCUAUACAGCAUUGUCCUGUAAGUCUUCUUGCACUAUGAGGACUUGUAUUUUCAAGACAUAUUCCUCUUAUUGUCCUCGUAGAUCCAGUAGAAUUCUAUAGAUACAGAGCAUGAAAGCCAUCUUGAGGCAAUUUGGGAACAGUUCAAAGUAGAGAGUUCACUGACAACUUCAUGGUAAAUCUUACUUUAAAUAAGAAGCAUUUUGUUUUAUCCCUUAAUCUUCAUAACAUAAGAUCAAAAUUCAUGCAAUCUGAAUCUUAAAUUGAUUACUGAGAAAUCAGGGAGACAUUGUCUGAUCUUAAAACAUUUUAUAACCACUGUUGAUUUGCUUAUCAUAGAGUUGGGUAACUUUUCUAGUAAUAACUGUACUGCAAGUGGGCUAUUUUUUUAGAGGACACACAAAGGCUGAUUAAGCAAAAUCGAGACUAAAUUUUUGGAAUUGUGGUGGACCAAAAGCAUUUACAGUAUAGUGAAUAGUAUUAAAACAAUGAAUUUGCUUAUAUUGAUUUAAGAGUCCAUGAGAUUUAUUUGACUGUAGAAUAUAGCCUUUUAAAAUGGUUUAGUUUCAAAAUAAUAAGUCUAGAAAUGCAUAGAUGCAAUUCUAAAUAAAUUAAUUUGGGAGCAGGUCUCUCAGAGUCUAUAAGAUUUAUUUCUAAGUAAUUAUGGUUAAAAGUGAGCUCUGUAAAGAUGUCAGAUUGGUAUGUCAGAAAAUACAUUGUAAUUUAAUACCAAUAUAUUAACAAGGCCUGCUAGUCCAUGGGUAUUUCUGAUAGUUUGGCAUCAAAAGAAAAUAUUUUAAUAUUUAGACUUCAAUAACAUUUUGAUUAAUUCAAUUUAUAAAGGUAUAACUGUUAUUUCUUUCCAGAAUUUGCUUUCUGCUGGGUUUAAUGGAACUAAACUUAUACUUAGCAGGUCUAAGCUUUAUCAAAUAUACAAUAUUGUCCCUGAGAACAAGAAUAAAGGAUUAUUCUGUGCAUUUUUAUCAAUAACAUGAAAUCUUUGAAAUAAAACAAAUAGACUGGUUUGUAGUUUAAAAUGAUUGGCCUAUAAUGAAAAUAUGCCCUUCAGAUGAAAUUCAGUUCUAUUUUGUACUAUAUAAAAUAUAGUACAUAUAAAUAUAAUAUAAAAUAUAAAAUUUUUAUUCUGCAGUGAACUUCUUUAUACAAUUUUCUUAACAAUUUGGUUUACAUUCUCUUACUCUCCCAAACAUUUUUUCUUAAAUGGAGAAGGCAUUUUACAAGUUAUGGCACUGGGUUGAUUAUUCUAGUACAGGUUAAAUAAAGUCUGUCUAAUUGUAUUGCUGUUUCUUUCAGAAUUUGAUUGAUAUUCGUUACAUUGUUUAGAACCAUGGUUUUGUGACUGCAUUUGACUUUUAAAAAGUUAUUUCAUUAAAGAUUUUCAUCAUUCUGCAAA